AUGGAAUCUCUGGUAGCACCCCGCACGUACAGCCUGCAUGUCGAGACCCGCCGCCUCCUCCUCCGCGAGUUGCAAGAGUCCGACAUUAUCCCCAUGCACCGGAUGGAGAGCCGGCCAGAAGUAGCCCGCUUCCACGGCGUCGAGCCCAAGACAGAAGAGGAAGUGGAAGACAACAUACUCAAUCGAGCUUGCCGCUGCCGGAUCGACUCGCGACGACUCGGAAAGGGAAAGGCCACUUUGUGGUAUACGAUCGAUACCCCGUUCCAGCGGAACGGGUACGGCGCGGAGGCUCUGGGUGGGUUUAUUGAGGUGUUGUGUGUUCAGAGCGCUCUCAAGGUUGAGGUUGGACUUGGUGAGGGAGAGGGAGAGACGAAUCUUGUUGCGCCCGUGUCGGUGCUCCAGCUUGAGAUUGAUACGCGUAAUAUUGCUAGUCAGGCGCUCGCUGCUAGGCUGAACUUCAGGUAUGUUGAGCAGUUCACGGAAUGGUGUAAGGGCGAUGAAGUCGAAAUGAUGAUCUGGAGACGAUUGUUGGUGGAGACAGAAGAUCUCCUUGCCGCCGAGGACUGCAAGAUAAUCGAUGCCUUGUCAAAAUCGAAGGAAUAA